AUGACGGUCUACCAAGACUUCGCGCGGAUUUUAUCAGAAAUCUCUAACAACCAAUCGAAUAGCGUCUUAGAGCUACCAGAUUUAUUUGCUCAGCUUUGCGAGAAGAUCUUGAAAACUAAUAUCGAUCAAAGUGAGCGUGAAGCCUGGUCUUUGGAGAGGAAUACCUGGAAUCUCAUACAUGCAUUGUAUGAUGACCGUUUAAAUGGAUUAGAUGAUGGCUUAUCCGCCAAGGAAAUCUUAGCAGCAAACAAGUACACCCCCCCACUCACACUCACUCAACCCUUGAUUUCUCAGUCGAAGGAACUGAUGGAGCUAAAUGCGAUUAGACAGUGGCUUCAUAACAUCCCUACACCUCUAUACCCUGUGGAAAUUCGCAAAGGUUAUCAAACAUACACAAAGAACAAGCUCAAAUUGGCUGUCAGACAGGGUAACACAACCACUGGGUUGGUAACGUCUUUGGAUCCAGAUGCACCAGUUCGUCAACACAAACAGCUUGACGUUGAGGAUAGCCAAUACGAUAAACCCCUCACGCGUACCCUCUUCGAAUACGUCAGACUAGGAAGGAUGGAUUUGGCUUUAGACGCUUGUCGUUCUUCCGAUCAACCUUGGCGUGCGGCUAGUUUACGUGGUGGUCAACUAUGGGACGAUCCCUCAUUAGCUUCUGAAGAAAUCGCACUCAACAAUGGUAUUUCAGGAAACAAGCAACGUAAAUUAUGGAAACAAAUAGCAUCUCAAUUAAGUGAAAACCCUGACUUUGAUCCCUACGAAAGAGCACUCUAUGGUUGCUUAUCCGGUUCAUUAUCUUCCGUGUUACCUGUUUGCAACAGUUGGGAGGAUCAUCUUUGGGCACGCGUGAAUGCUCUCAUGGAAAGAAAGAUAGAUGAUUCACUCAAAAAGACUGGUGGUUAUUGGUAUGACAACGUUGACACAGUUAAGGCACAAGAAGGAGAGCAAGUUGCAGAAGAUUUAGAGGGAAUUUUCGAGGAGAUCCUCAAACUCGGUGGAGAUGUUGGUAAUUCAGCACAUAAUCCGUUCAGAAUCACCCAAACAAACGUCAUGUUGGAAAGAACCAGUCACCUUUUGACCAACUUUGCAUCACAAAUUCAACAAACAGCAUCUAUGCUAUCACCAGAUGCGUUUGCACACCUUCUGAGAUUCUUCGCACACUUGGUUUUAUUCCUUCGUGCAAUUGACGGAGAAAACCCAAGUGAGGAUGUUCCAAAUGGUCCUGCUGAGGUUAUUUUGGAAGCUUAUGUACGCACCCUUGAACAACGUAAUGAAAGUAAAGAGUUGGUUGGUAUGUAUGCCGGUUGCCUCGGUGAAGGCGCAGGUGGAGAGUCAUUCGCACAUUACCUCUAUUCACUUGACAUUGCAACACCAAUUGAUGUUAGAAAAGCUGCUCUUUUACAAACCCUUGAGCAUGGUCUCGAUUUGGAGAGAGUUGCUUGCAGAACAGUUGAACUCACACUUAUUGAUACAUUCGCAAGAUUACCUGAAAUACCAAUAGACGCACCGGAUAUUACCGCAUUUGCAAACACCAGUGGAUUAUCAUAUAAAGAUCUGUCCUUAGUGAGGUCGAUAGAAUGGUUAAUCUUUGCAAAAGAAACAUAUAGAUAUGCACUAAUACAGAGCAAUGGUCUCAUGAGAUACUUCCUCACAAGUGGAAAUGUUUCAGCUGCUUUCAAAUUACUUGAGUCGCUACCAGCCGACUUGAUGGCCUACCAACCAAACAGCAAAACUGAGGAGGAUGAUAUGAUAAGCAUUGAUGAUCAAAUAGUCGAGUAUAGUGGUUAUCAGCAAUUGUUUGAAUUAUUAGACAGUCACACAAAGCUUGUUGAAUUAUGGACUUUGCAACCUGAUACCAAUAAAGUCGCCAAGUUGGACUAUAAAGCCUGGUCAGAUCAGGUUGAGGCACUCACACAUAUUGUCAAGGAGAAGACUAUGGAUAUCUUCACUACUGAAUGGAUGAGACUAGGUGCAGAUGCUCACGAAAAGAGAGUCGCAGAGUUGGAAAGAAUCAGAGAAAUCUACAUUCCUGAGUUGGUACAUAGAUUGCAUAGCUCAUUAUACUCAGCGAAAUCAAUUCACAUUAGAUACAUCGACGAAGCACUCAAUCUCGCAAACACUGUCGCUGAUGAACGCUACUGCAUCUACCUCGAAUUCGUCAGACGAUCAACAUCACUCAGCAAGAAAGGCGUCGCUGGUUCAAACACACUUGCUAGCUACUUAAGUUUAGUUAAAAGUGCAGCAUUAUCAAAGCUUCAUUAUGAGGAACUAGCGGGAAUUCCUACCGAUGUAUUUAAACAUGUGUAAGCUCUAACAAAAUUAUAUUUAUUUAUAUCAUUUGCACAUAUAAUAUAAUUGGGU